UCGAAGGCGAAAAAUUCAACUCGUGUGGUCAUACAGAUGCAAUGGAUGGAAAUAGUCAGCAUAUUAGAUCAUGGCUCUGGACUCUUUAUAGACCCCAUCAAUCCUCAGUCGCGGCAAACCAGACCUCCCAAAUUCCAUUCAGCAAAUCCAUAACUGAUAAAAGGAAUAAACUCAUCUAACACAAAAUGCGUUUUUCGUUCGUGUCUGUCGUUUCCCUUCUUGCUCUGGGCACUCUCAGCAACGCCCUGAAAAUCCGCGACGGCUCCGGCCAGGGCGUCGAGGAUAGUGGAAGCACCCAGAACGGCGAUGACAGUGGAGAUGCCGCGAAUGGUGAAUCCAGCGGAGACAUGGCCAACGGCAAUGGCAUUGAAGACAGCGUACAGGGUAACGGCAGCGGGGACUCUCAGAAUGGCAACGGCAACGCGGACCCGCCCAAUGGCAACAACAACGGAGAUCCCCAUCACGACGACGACGACGACGAUGACGAUGAUAACAACAGCGGCAUCAAACGCAUUUGCCCCCAGCUAGCAACCCAAGACAAAGGCUGCGUUCGCUACACACGAGGUUUCGACGUCACCGGCGUCGUCAGCGAAGUCGACCUCGCCUUCCCCGAAGUCGCCAGCGAGUGCGACUGCAUCCAAGCGUGCCUGGACAUGCCCGGGACCUGCGCCAGCUACGCGUGGACGUUUUCCACGGCCGACGCCGUCGACUCCGGCUACCGCACUUGCACCUUAUACUCCGAUUUCAAUCUCCCCGGCAGCGUGGCGAUCCAGUUUGAUCUCGAGAGCGCCAAUAACCAGAACAUCAACGCGGCGCAGAUCACGUCCGAGGGAGCGAAUCCGGAUAUUGGCGGCCCGGUUCCUCAGGCCUUUCAGGACCUCGACAGUCUCGUUCCUGAUCCUGAUGCGGUUUCUGGCCCCGUUUGGCUUCUUGCUAAUGGGGAGGUGCAGUGUUAGUGGGCUGUGUGGGUUUCUGGGUGGUCUUCCCUAUCGAGUGGGAUUGGAGGGCUGAUGGGUAUUGGUGGUUGUAAUGUGGUUUGUAUUGGGUGUUUCAGAGAGGGAUCGUUGAGUCGAGAACCUUUUUGAUAGGUGUUUUGACGGUGUUAUAUUCAAAGAUAAUUGAUGAUAUUUGGCUUGAUAGUGUUAUAAGAUAGUGUCA